GCCGUCCCCGCCUCGGGCUCCUGCGGCUGGCACGGGAACUGUCGGCUGCGCGUUGCGGGAGGACCGGAGAAGCGGGCUUUGCCGCCUCCCGGGUGUGUGGACGAAGCCCGGAGCCGCACACCGGAGAAGUAGGAGCGUGCAGACGCUAAGGAAACAAAGGAACAGCGGACGGAACAAGUAUUUCCUGAUGAACAACAAAUACCUCCAUGAACAAGGCUAAGAAUAGUUCACAUGUGGCCCUGAGCCAGCCACACAUGGGGAAGUUAUGUGAUAUCAUGGGAAACCAUCGGACUAGGAGUUGGAAAAUCUGGGUUCUCAUCCUCGCUCUUCCACAUACAGCCAUGUGUCAUCAGAGAUUUCCUCUGGGUCAUCCAAAAUGCCUUUAAACGUAUUGGAUAAGAACUGAGCCACCUGCCCGUGUGCGACUUCCGUACUCUCAGCUCCACUGUCUUCUGAUGGCAUUUUGACUGCAUCGAGACCAAGUGACCCACUGCUCAUGAUGAGUGACGAGAAGAACCUUGGGGUGUCCCAAAAACUGGUCUCACCUUCAAGGAGCAUAAGUAGCUGCUCCUCUAAGCAAGGAAGUCGACAGGACAGCUGGGAAGUGGUGGAAGGGCUGAGAGGAGAGAUGAGUUACACCCAGGAGCCUCCCAUUCAGGAAGGAUUUUUGCUGAAAAAGAGGAAAUGGCCCUUAAAAGGCUGGCACAAGAGAUUUUUCUAUCUGGACAAAGGAAUCUUGAAAUAUGCCAAGAGCCAAACCGAUAUCGAGAGAGAGAAGCUGCACGGCUGCAUUGAUGUUGGGCUCUCGGUGAUGUCCGUAAAGAAGUCAUCAAAAUGCAUAGAUCUGGAUACCGAGGAGCACAUCUACCAUCUGAAGGUCAAGUCAGAAGAAAUCUUUGAUGAGUGGGUAUCCAAACUCCGCCACCACAGAAUGUAUCGUCAGAAUGAAAUCGCCAUGUUUCCACACGAGGUUAACCACUAUUUCCCAGGAUCCACUGUCACAGACUCCACAUCUGGGGUCUUGGACUCCCUUUCAAGUAGGAAGCGUAGCAGUAUAUCAAAGCAGAGCUCGAUUCAAACUGGAAGCAAUUUAUCAUUUUCUUGUGCUGGUGAGACACGAGUUCCAUUAUGGUUACAAUCUUCAGAGGACAUGGAGAAAUGCUCAAAAGACCUGGCACACUGUCAUGCCUACCUGGUGGAAAUGAGCCAUCUCCUCCAAAGUAUGGAUGUCCUGCAUCGGACAUAUUCGGCGCCUGCAAUCAACGCCAUCCAGGGUGGAGCUUUUGAAAGUCCCAAAAAGGAAAAAAGAUCACACAGGAGGUGGCGGUCCAGAGCUAUUGGCAAAGAUGCUAAAGGAACGCUGCAGGUCCCUAAACCUUUCUCUGGCCCAAUAAGACUGCAUUCCUCCAAUCCUAAUUUGUCAACGUUAGAUUUUGGAGAAGAGAAAAAUUACUCUGAUGGCUCUGAAACCUCGUCGGAGUUUUCUAAAAUGCAAGAAGACCUGUGUCAUAUUGCCCAUAAAGUUUACUUCACUUUAAGGUCAGCUUUUAAUACCAUAUCAACAGAGCGAGAGAAGCUGAAGCAGCUGAUGGAACAGGAUGUCUCCUCCUCCCCCUCUGCCCAGGUCAUCGGCCUGAAACACGCCCUGUCAUCCGCCCUAGCACAAAACACAGACCUUAAAGAACGCUUACGCAGAAUCCAUGCUGAGUCUCUGCUCCUCGAUUCCCCCGCUGCUGCCAAGUCGGGUGACAGUCUGGCAGAGGAAAACUCCAGAGAUGACAGCCGAGCUCUGGUCCAUCAGCUUUCCAACGAGAGUAGACUCUCCAUCACUGACUCCCUUUCGGAGUUUUUUGAUGCACAGGAAGUUCUGUUAUCUCCAAGCUCUUCAGAAAAUGAGAUUUCUGAAGAUGACUCCUAUGUCAGUGACAUAAGUGAUAACGUUUCCUUAGACAAUCUCAGUAAUGACUUAGAUAAUGAGAGACAGACCUUGGGACCUUUGCUCGAAAGUGGUGCAGAAGCCAAGUCCAAACGAAGAACUUGCUUGCCGGCUCCGUGCCCCAGCGCCAGGACGAUCAGCUUGUGGAACAUCCUGCGGAAUAACAUCGGGAAGGAUCUGUCCAAAGUGGCCAUGCCGGUGGAGCUGAACGAGCCCCUGAACACACUGCAGCGGCUCUGCGAGGAGCUGGAAUACAGCGAGCUUCUGGACAAGGCCGCACAGAUCCCCAGCGCCUUGGAAAGGAUGGUAUACGUGGCAGCUUUUGCCGUAUCGGCGUAUGCAUCUAGCUACUUCCGAGCUGGGAGCAAGCCCUUUAAUCCUCUUCUUGGAGAGACAUAUGAGUGUAUCCGUGAGGACAAAGGCUUCCGGUUCUUUUCGGAACAGGUCAGCCACCAUCCACCUAUCUCUGCUUGUCACGCUGAGUCUGGAAAUUUUGUUUUCUGGCAAGAUGUGAGAUGGAAAAACAAAUUCUGGGGCAAAUCCAUGGAAAUUGUUCCCAUUGGCACAACCCAUGUGACUCUGCCAGCCUUUGGAGAUCAUUUUGAGUGGAACAAAGUGACCUCUUGCAUCCAUAACAUCUUAAGUGGGCAGAGAUGGAUUGAGCACUACGGAGAGAUUGUCAUCAAGAACCUGAAUGAUGACUCCUGCCACUGCAAAGUGAAUUUUAUAAAGGCGAAAUACUGGAGCACUAAUGCCCGUGAGAUUGAAGGUACAGUAUUUGACAAGAAUGGAAAAGCGGUGCAUCGGCUCUUUGGGAAAUGGCAUGAAAGCAUCUACUGCGGUGGCUCCUCUUCGUCCGCUUGUGUCUGGAGAGCGAAUCCCAUGCCAAAGGGCUAUGAGCAAUAUUAUGGCUUCACACAGUUUGCCCUGGAAUUAAAUGAAAUGGACCCAUUGUCAAAGUCUUUAUUACCACCUACUGACACUCGAUUUAGACCAGACCAAAGGUUCCUCGAAGAAGGGAACAUAGAAGAGGCUGAAAUACAAAAGCAGAGGAUCGAACAGCUGCAGAGAGAAAGGCGGCGGGUCUUAGAAGAAAACUGCGUGGAGCACCAGCCCCGGUUUUUCAGAAAAUCCAACGAUGACUCCUGGGUGAGCAACGGCACCUAUUUAGAACUUAGAAAAGAUCUUGGUUUUUCCAAACUGGACCAUCCUGUCUUAUGGUGAAAAAGGAAAGAAGAAUGAUACACCCUUCUACUUCUCCUGUGUUUGCUUUCCGAAGCCACACACCUGUGUCUGUGUAUUUAAAAGAAAUUACUUAGAAUGAUCGCCUGUGCUUAGCUUAGCAUUGUAAGUAUUUAAGUAUGUAUUUUCUUCAGUAGGUUUCUUUACAAUUUCAAAUGUUAUCACGAUUGUUUAUAUGAACGUAGAACACCUUGAUAUUUCAUUUUAUAUAUAAACUAUUUAAUAAAAAUGAAAGAUUGAAUGUUAACGUGUGGGUUAAAAAAGAAGCUUUAACACUAAUUUUCCAAAGGUUAGGAAAAUUCAAAUUAAAUUUAUGCCUUAUAAAAUUGUGUUGGAGAAAAAAAUUUAUCUCUCCCAGGUGCAUUAAGAAAUACGGAUACCCAGGGUUACUCACUCAUGCAUAAGCUACCCAGGUUUAAUUUGGUAGCUCAGAUAUCUUUUUGCCUCCGACAGCUCUUGAAUUGCUCAUACAGAACAAUUCUGCUGGUGCUGGAGUCUGAAGAAUAUUUGCAUUUGCAUUUUGGUGGUUGGGAGGAUGGUAUAAGAUUAGUGGAAUGUGUGUUUUUCUAUCAGAUAGAUAUGGCACCUUCCUGAAGAGGAGAAAGCAUUUGAGCUCAUCCCUCACUAGAGGAGUAUUGCCUUAUGUGCAAAAGUGUACCCUGUUAGGCAGAGAAAUUGUCAUCAGUCUGAGAAAUUCCCAUUAAUUAAAUGCUAUAGGGGCAUCCCAGAGACACAGUAGGAGAUUUCUCCUUAGUGAGAACGGAACUCUUGACAAGUUAAACUGUUUUUCGCAUCUCACUCCCACCCCCAGUUUCCCCACACUUUACCACAGCUCUGUUGAGUAUGGAAUGUUCCAGUUUAGUCUAAAACGUACAGUGCAUUCCACACAACAGUUUGACUUUCUAAAAGUUUAGCAAAAUAACUGAUUAUUUUAAAUAACUCAACAAGUUUUUCUUAAAUACUGUUUUGGUGUUUUCUACCUCUUAAUAACACCAUAUUUUAGAUCUUGUAUAAAAAGUUUGACCAUCUGCCUUAUAGAUAAAUGUAGAGAAUUGAUGUUCUUCCUUUGUGUUGUGUUCUGAUAAAGGUUUGACUUAUCUCUUUCCUAUACUUCUUACUCAUUUCACUCUUGUGAGUUUUGCAGCAGUCUUAAAUAAUACAGAUUAUAACUACUAGAAGGGGAAACUUUGUCAUUUUAAAUGUUAAAGUACAAUAAUACAAUUUGUGCAGUAGUUGAAGUGUUAUCAAAGCAAUGCCAACUUCUGCCCAGAUUACAUUAAAACCAAAGCCUAAUUUUUAAGCCUUUUACUCUGAUGUCCAUAAUAAUCCUAUGGAAUAUCAAGUAUAAUGGUGUAGUAAAAAGAUUUCUCCAGAAAACACUUAACGGAUAUUUAAAGCAUUUCAGAGCAUGUAGAAUUCUAUGAAUGAAAAGUAGAAUAAUAAUGGUAAAAAAGAAUGCAUGAUUUUUUCAGGGUCACACCAAAUAACCAAGUAGUUGGACAGCAUUGCAUUUUCAAAAUGGAGAGUUUUAAAGUGGGUUAGUAGCCUUUUGGAAUCUGCAAGUGAUUAGCAUUUAAAAACAAUACAUAGCUCAUUAAAUAUGACAUUCAUUCCUUCCAAAUCAAGGAGUCAAGAUGAAUACAAUGCGAAUAUCAUUUCCAUUUCUAGGCAGUUUCGAUGACACCAUCAAAUUCUUUGGUAUAUAUGCUUUGUUCUUUUCUUUUCAAGCAUGUAUCCAAAUUCUCCUCACAGACAGGAAAAAGCAGGCUGUAGAUUUAAGGAUACUCAAGGGAAAACCAAAUCUAGUUUUCAAAUUAUGAAGGAAAAUGUAGACUUUUAGCAAUACUGACUACCAAACAGGCCUCCUCUAGAAGCUGGCUCCAGAAAGACAAACAAACAAACAAACAGAAACCCAGCACAACAAAAACAAGACAUGCAGCCUGAAGGCAUGUAGCUCUGUCAUACAGUAUCUGGGAAUUUUUUAAUUGUCCCACUGCUGUUAUUUCAAUUGACUUUAUGCUUUAUUUUGGAAUCACAAGGAUAAAUGGACCAAAUACCACCAUUGUAGUCAUCUUAUUUGAGAUGGAAGUGGUGAUAAAUUAGAAUAUGACACAGAACUAUAUGCAAAUUUAAAAAGCUACGAGUCAGUACCAGCCCUAUAAAGGGCGUUUCUGAAAUUUAAACAGCUUAGUGAUGCAUCCUGUUAUUAGAGUCUUAAAACUACCUUGAGGGGGAAAUGGCUUCUUUCUUCCUUCAGUCCCUAUCCUCAAUAGCACCUUCCCAUCUCAUUUGUGUUUCUGGGGCAUUUUCUACUUUUAAGACAAAGAAAACUGAAACAUGGCAUUCUUUGGGAAGAAUGGAGGUAGAGUUUAACUUUCUGGACUUUGAAAACCCCAAUUCAAUCAUUGCAAUCACUACGCCAUCUGAGAUACAUGCUUAAACCUCCCUUUUCUUCCUGAUUAUUCCAUCCCAAAUUGAUGGCAAAUUAACAUAUAUAUUCUUGGAAACGGGACUGUGAGCAGUCGACUACCUUGUACUUCAUAUGUGCCCGUGGCCUCUAUUGAUUACCCCAAGCUGCAGAUCAUUCUGGAAGAGUCCAGCAGCCUCCUGUGUAGCCUGGCAGCAGAUCCCUUCCAGCUGCAGGCGCCAGAGCCUCGGCUGGUAUUUCCCGGAGUCAAAUGUAAUCAUCAGAAUCCCAGCACGACUCUCCCUGCUCUUCACCUCCCAGAAGUCAGGCUGCUUCCGGGACUAACUGAACAGCCAGAGUGCACUUUAGGCCAACAGUCCAAUCCUCCAUCAAGUCCCUAGAGUGCCCCAAUAGCCCACAGUCUUUGUGUGCUUCCUGUGGGGCUCUCUGGAAGAGAAAAGUAUACAAGCUAAAAAAACAAAACAAAAAAAAUCUCUUCAUGUUUACUUCAUUUGAACUGCUGCUUUUCUCAUGUUCUACCUUUAAUUACUUCCAGUAAAUCACUUGCUUGGGCUUCAAGGACUGUCCCUCAUCUGUAUUUUCCAGAUUUAUGAUGAGUGGUCUUGUUCUACUAUAAACAGUGUCAACCCUAAAAGAAAAAGAAUAAAGUUUUUAUUUGGCUAUUGAACCUUGCUGUAGGCCUACCACAUAGUCCAUGAGUUAAUUAUAUUAUGCCCUCAAGCUAUCAUAGAAUUUUCUCCGGCCUUUUAGUUAUGAAUAGGAGCAAUAAAGUUGUUCUUACGAUGUUAGGAAUAAUAGUUCCAAUGUAUUGGCAUAAUUCAUUUGAAUGUCUUUCAUUUUGAUAUUAACAUUGGCAUAAAUCUAUUUUUGCUACCAGAUGAUAGCUAUUUUCAUGCGCUCAACUUCCCUCUGCGUUGUAUAAAUCUGUUACUUGGUGUUAGUCUUUAUUUUUCUGUGUUGGAAAUAUUUAUCACAAGAGUAUCUUUAAAUCAUGACAGAAAAUGCAAACCAUUUUCUGAGACUUUUGUUUUGAGUUACGCAAUGAUAAGUUGCUAAUGAUGAUUUUAUCUUCCUCCAUUACCCUCAGAGGAUACUUUAAAAAAAAAAAAAAAAAAGGAUACCUGUUAAUCUUCUAUCUAGCUGUGUGUAAGAUUAUUUUCUGUUUAAAUCCCACCCUUCCGCCUAUAUACCCCAUUCUCCCCAAAAACUUCGUACUCAUUUGUUUAUCCCCCUCAUGUAGCUAGUUGACGGUGAAUAAACAACAUGGAAAAAGG